AGAAGCUGCUCUGAUGCGCUGCGGUGACACAGCCAAGUCUCCGGCGAUAAAAAGAAAAGCGACGAGUCCGCGCAGGAGAAACUAGUGUUGGAGGGCGGAACAGCGAGUUUCCAUUUGAUGGUAGAUGUGCUUUUGCGAGUCUUAACACGGCUGGAAGUUUCUGUCCAACUCCUGAGGGAUCUGGUGAAGAAUGGAGUGGUAUGUCCUGGUGCUGAUACUGAGCUUGCCGCCCUCCAUCCACGCAGAUUGCUCUUCACAGUGUCAGAAAUGCGCGCAGCAAAUCCUCAACUCCGACGUCGCCUUCAGCAGCCUGUCGUGCAGUGCGGAGUGUGAGGAGCAGCUGAAGAGCUGCGGAGAGGCUCCGGGUCUGGCGGACUUCAGCCAGGAUGAGGCUGCUGCGGAGGAGGAGAGCCAGCAGGCGGACCUGGUCAAACGCUACGGCGGCUUCAUUAAGAGGAUCGACAAGAACAAGAAUAAAAUCUUCACCUCUCCGUGGCGCGACAAUUACAUCCUGAAGGCAGGAGCUCUGCCCAAGAAAUACGAGGACUUGUUGAAGAGGCUGGAGGAGAGAGGUGUAGACGUGCCGGAGGACGCAGACGAUGCUCCGGAGGACGCUGACGAUGCUCCGGAGGAUCAGAUGCUCCAUAGUUACGUUAAACGGUACGGCGGCUUUUUACGCAAAUUCGGCCCCAAGUCAAAGAGGAUUAGUUCCAUGGAGCAGGAAGAGAGUCAGGAGCCCGAGGAGCUCCAGAAGCGCUACGGAGGCUUCAUGAGGAGGAUCCGACCAAAGUUGAACAACCUGAAGUGGGACAAACGGUACGGAGGCUUUCUGCGCCGCCACUUCAAAAUCUCUGUGCGCUCAGUGGAGGAGCCGCAUUACUCCUACGAUGACCUGAGCCUAUAGAUGAAUCUGCUCAGCAAGAAAAACUCGAAAGAACUUGUGCGGGUUCACUCGAAAUGCCACAAUUUAUCCUCCCCAACCCCACAAAAAAAAGUAUAACAUGCCUGCCUAUCUUGCUUAUUGCCUACUCGGUUGACUUCUGUGUAACAACUUUCAUCUCUGUGUUUAUUGGCAUCGUUGUCUGUCAUUCAAUAAAGGAUGCUUGUUUAAUAAAACCUCGAAUAAAAACCAUCAGUCAUUGUUGCUCAAACAAGCUCAGAGGAAGUCGACUGAUUUUCAGCCUUCCGCGCGUUCCGUGGUGCCAAACUCCAUCCAGAAGAGUCUCAGUGUGUGUGUUAUGAAAUAUGAAUACACACACACACUUAAACCCGACAUAGAAAAACAACCGGACACGACACGAAACUUCAAAUGUAUUUAACUUAUCCUUAAUUUCGUUCAUAUUCUAAGUGUACAUGAUUACAGGAAGGCUUGUAUGAGCUACCAGACUGUCAGCAAAAUGAAUAAAGCAGCAAAAAAAAAAGAUUUUAAU